AAUUAAUAUAUUUUAAAAAAUAAAUUUUCUAAAAAUAGUUUCGACUAAAUACCAAACAUGCCCUUAACUUGCUCUCAAGGGGGCGGGAAAGCAAGCCAUUUAGAGCGCGAAAAUCAAAUCACGCUCAGAGCAGAAAAGAAAGAAACCGAGCGAAAAUGGCGAGAGAGAGCUCCAACAGCGAUUUGCAGAUUCUACUAGAUUCCAUCAAAUCUUCAGAUUUUUAUGCUACAGGUGGUGGAGAGCCGGGUUCAGCUGCUUGCUAAACUCAGGGAAUCGGAUUUACCUGAGAAAACUCACUUGGCGUCUAUUGUUGAAAGCCUUACAACUUUUUGGGAAGACUUCACUUGCCUGGAUGCAUCCCAAUGCAUGUUAAACAAAGCUAUAUUGCAGGUGGCUGCAAAAUAUGUAGAUUCAGACUUAUCUGGAUGUUUGGUACAGUUUCUUGCUCUUGGGACAAAGGCAAGCACAUGGUGUGGAAAGCAUCUGAAGAUGACUCUUAUGUCAUCUGCAGACUCUCAAGAAGAAGAACAUUGUGACUGCUUCUUUCAGCUUCUUUUGGAUUUCUUGAGCCUCUCUGCAGCUAUUGUGAUGGCUUUGACAAGAUAUCCUUUUUUGACUGACAAUGAUUCCACAAUUAUUGUUGAAAGAUUCGUUUCAGAACAGUUGAAUUUAACAAAGGAUGUAGUAUCAGAGACUAAGAGAAUCAAUAACUAUGGCUCAGAAAUACUGAAGGUUGCACAGAUGGUGAUUGAUGCUGUGAUGAGACUAUGCAAGGAGUAUUCCCUAGCUGUGAAUUGGGAUUCCCGGGAUGCAAGACCUGCGAAGAAUGAGGACAGCAUGGACCAUAAAGAAGCUAAUAUUAGGAACCAUGUUAUAAACAUAAUAAAAUCCACGACAGAGAAAUUGUGUGAAAUGGGCAUCCUUGCAGCAAAUGAUGGUGGAAAUCUGGUAACCAUUCUCAAUUUGUCAUGGAAAGGUGUGGUUACCUUGCUUCAGCUAGGCAAGGGAAUGUUAACAGAGACCGUAAGUGUGCAAGAUAUUAUUGUAACCCUAAUUUCGCUUGUCAGUGAACCUCUUAGAUGUGCAGCCAUGGCUUGGUCUUCUUCGUUGGAGGAAACUGUUUCUGUAGUUGAAGCUAGGAGGACAUUUCUUCCAGUCAAAUUUUACCUUAUUAAUGCAGUGAAAAUAUCUUCCUUGUAUCCAUGCCAAGCUUAUCUUGUAUACAAGGAAAUAACACAGUGUGCUAUGGUGAUCUCAGCUUUCAGGAUAUUCUUGAGCUUUGAAAAACUUCUGAAUACUGCCAGUGAAGUGUUCUCAGAACUUUUGGAGAAGACAUCUAUGGAUUUGCUUACUUCUUUACUGAAUUCAGCUGAAGUGAAACAGGAGCACAAGUUUGAACUUCUGGACUGGUUGUUCACUGAUGAAUGCUACUCAAAUUCAAUCCUGGGAGAUUCAAGUAGAUAUUGUCAUAUAAGCUCAAUCAUUGAAACAUUUUCUCUAAGUGGUAAAUCUAUGCCUCAAGAGAGACUAUUGCUUAUUGGUCGGGUUUUAAUGUUUCAUACUUUGCUAAGAUAUUCUGUUGGUCUUGAAGAAGAUGUACAGAACAUAUUAACCAAAAAGCUUGGAUGGUUUUUGGAUGUAUUAGUUGAUGAUAGGGUGUACUCGUCCAUUCUUGAUAUGCAAAUUCCUGUACCAUAUGGAUCUGGGAAAACAAUUGAAUUGGUUUUGCAGCCUAUGUUUCCUGCUUUUUUGAAUUCAAUAAAAACCUUCAUGAUUGUUGUGUCUUCAAGUAAUGGUUGGAUGGAGUUGGAGGCUUUUCUGCUUGAGAAUCUCUUCCAUCCACAUUUUCUAUGCUGGGAGAUUAUAAUGGAACUCUGGUGCUUUUUGUUGCGUCAUGCUGAAACUGACAUGGUAAAUGACACUAUUGAUAAGUUUUACUCAUUAAUGAGGUUACUGGCAUCUCCAGAAUCAGUUCUUAUCCCUGCUUCUCCUCUGAGGAAAAUAGCAAGAACCAUCUGCUUGUUUCUUACUAAUGGGACUCCAUCUAUAGUUGACCGUGUUUAUAGCGCAGUUGUCUGUGAUUCAUCAGUUAUAUGUGUUGCCUUGCUCUUGGAAGGCUUUCCUCUGAAUUCACUGAUGGAUAACAUCAGAAGUGAUGCUAAACAGAAAAUCGUUACUGAUUACUUCAACUUCAUAGUGAGUCCUAGUGACAAACUGUUGACUGCUUGCAGUUCUGGUAUAUUUGGGGUUCCAGUUUUCACUCUAUCAGCUUCCCUGCAGUCACAACAGGUUAGCAUAUCUGAUGUUGGCAUGAAGAGCCUCAACUUCUUAGUUACUAUCAUUCGCAACUUCAGAAAUCCUGCAGACCAACUAAUGAAGGAACAUUAUCAUAAGCUUUUAAGUGAAACACUGGGGAUUGUCUCAAAUAUCAAGCAUUUAUAUAAAUCUGAUGAGAUGGAAGAAGUCAUCUUGGAGCUUCAAAACCUGUUUAUCUCAGGGCCAGCGGCCUCUGAUCCACUAUUGUAUCAGUGCAAACCAUAUCUGGCACUUUUCAUGGGAGGACUUGGGGAAAUGGAGAUGUCAGAAAGUGAUGAUUGUGUGAAGAGUUCUGCUGUGUGGGAGCUGUAUCACAUGCUAUUCAGGGAGCAGCACUGGGCACUUGUUCAUCUUGCAAUUGCUGCUUUUGGAUAUUUUGCUGCUCGUACUUCUUGCAAUCAGCUAUGGCGAUUUGUGCCACAAAAUGCAGCUCUUUCAUAUGAUCUAUUAUCAGGAAAUGAAGCAACUGAAGAGCGAUUUAUGUCUGAGCUGAAGGCAUUUCUCGAGAAGGAAAGGGCUCUUCUUACCAUUACACCUAGCUUUGAGCAGCUUGAGUUGCUCGUGAAGGAAGGUUUAGUGCUGAAAGAAAUGGUUCAGAAAAUUUCUAACAAGGCUAUGGAACGUGAGGAGAUUGAUGCCGACAUACAAUCCAAUAAGAGAAGGAAACUCCCUGAUGCAAUCAGCAAGGGAGUGGAACUACUCCAGAGUGGCAUGAAGGUUAUUAGCGAUGGCAUUUCCCAGUGGCAACAAAAUCAAUUUGAAUUCUCUGAACAUGAUGACAAGUUUUUGACACACAUUUAUCAACUGAAAGAUGUGAUUGCUCGUAUAAUUGGCUUGGCUGGUAAUUGUUAAGUAGCAUUUUAGGUGACUUAUGGAGAAUAAUCAUAAAGGCUUAAGGAACAAGGCAACGACCAAAUUGAAUAGGAACAUGGAAAACAUAUAAAUGAGUAUUGCAUUUAUUUGCCUUC